AUGGAGAUAUUCAAGCUCAUGCUACCAACACAAUACAAGGUAAGCCACUUGUUUUCUAAAUAUAAUUCAAUUGUAUUCCUUCCUAGGAUGGGACAUCAAAUCAGAGAGAUUAGUCACAAAUUGGAUAAGAAAGCAGCUGAGGGGAAAACGUAUGGACUUACAACUAUUCCCGAACUUGUUGUGCAAGAAAGAGAAUUGACUUAUCCUGACGUUAAUGUUUCAAGAGUAAUAGGAAGGGAUAAUGAUAAAGAUAAAAUUAUCCGGCUUUUGAUGCAACCUUUUCCUCAGGGUGGAAAUGAUAAAAGCAUGUGUGUCAUUCCCAUUGUGGGAAUGGGAGGAUUAGGGAAGACCACUCUUGCAAAGUUGGUGUUCAAUGAUAAAAGACUGGAUCAGCUUUUCCAAUUGAAGAUGUGGGUGUGUGUCCCUCUUAAUUUUGACAUCAAGCAGAUAAUCAUUCAAAUCAUCAACUCUGCCAGUACUGCAGAUUCUAAAGCAGCUUCAGCUCCAUUGCCCGGUCUCGCUCCUCAAGAGAACAUUGACAGCUUAGAUAUUGUGCAGCUAGUAAGUCGUUUGAAACAAAAACUUUCUGGUCAAAAGUUUUUACUUGUGUUAGAUGACAUAUGGAACGACGACCGUGAAAAGUGGGUUGAGUUGGAAGAUUUGAUAAAAGUUGGCAUACCAGGAAGCAAAAUUAUGGUGACCACACGUAGUAUAUCAAUUGCUUCGAUGAUGGGUAAUGUUCCCUCAUAUGAAUUAAAUGGUCUUUCUUUAAAGGAUUGUUUAUCUCUAUUUGUCAAAUUCGCAUUCAAGGAUGGGGAAGAAAAAAUAUAUCUAAAUCUAAUGGAGAUUGGAAAAAAAAUUGUGAAAAAAUGUCAUGGGGUUCCACUGGCCGUGAAAACAUUAGGAAGUUCUCUCUUCUCAAACUUUGAUAUAAAUAAGAGGGAAUUUGUUAGGGACUCUGAGAUGUGGAAUUUAGAACAAAAAAAAGACGGUAUUUUACCUGCUCUUAAAGUAAGUUAUGAUCAAAUGUCAUCCAUUCUAAGACAAUGUUUUGUUUAUUUUUCCCUCUAUCCCAAAGAUCAUAUCUUUAAUAGUCUUACAUUGUGUGAUCUUUGGGUAGCCCUUGGAUUAGUUCAAUCCCGAAAUGGAAGAGAAAAGCUAGAGCAUGUUGCAAGAAAAUAUAUUGAUGAGUUACGUUCAAGAUCAUUUCUUCAGGAUGUCAAUGACUUUGGAUUCUUUUGCCAGUUCAAAGUACAUCAUUUGAUACACGAUCUUGCAUUAUAUGUUGCAGGAGAGGACUUUGUGGCGGUAAAAUCACAAACUCGUAAUAUACCUCAUCAAGCAAGGCAUUUGUCAUUUGUUGUUGAAGAUAAGUCAUUUGGUCAUGCUUUGUUCCCAGAGUCUAGAAGUGUGAGAAGCAUACAAUUUCCCAUCUCAGGAAUGGGUCUUGAGAGUGAAAGUUUUCUGAAUACAUGGCUGUCAAAGUACAAAUGCUUGCGUUAUUUAGAUUUAAGUGACUCUUCUUUUGAAAAUAUGCCCAAUUCAAUUGCAAAAUUAGAGCACCUGCGUGGUCUUGAUCUUUCUUGUAAUCACAAAAUCAGAACACUACCAAAUUCCAUUUGUGAACUUCUAAAUUUGCAAGUUUUGUCGUUUGACGGAUGCACAGAGCUUGAAAAAUUGCCCAAAGGAUUAGGAAAGUUGAUUAGCCUCCGAAGUCUGGCUGUCACUACAAAACAAUCUAUUCUUCCAUAUUAUGAAUUCGCUAGCUUGAACAAUCUUCAAACUUUGGCUUUUCAGGAUUGUGUCAAUCUGAAGUUUUUGUUCAAAGAACCACUCCCUUCUGUUGAAGAACUGAAUUGUAAAUCAUGUGAGAGCCUGGAGCGCUUACCUCUUGAUACUUUUCCUAACUUACAGACAUUGCUUAUUGAUGAUUGUCAGAUGUUAAACUUGUCAUUGGACAAUGAAAACUCAAUCCAAAAGCUGCGGAUGAAAAAUUUGUAUCUUAGUGAUUUUCCAAAGCUUCUAACACUCCCUCGAUGGAUUGCAAGGGCCGUGGACACUUUAGAGACCUUUAUAGUUCUCAAUUUUCCUAAUCUUCAAAUGCUUCCUGGGUAUCUUACUACAAUGACUCUUCUUAAGAGGAUCUAUAUUGGUAGUUGUUCUAAACUGUUGAGUCUUCCAAGUGGCUGGGAUCGCCUCACUGUACUUGAAGUUUUAUUCAUACAUGAUUGUCCUGAACUGUACCGAAAAUGUCAGCCUCAUUCUGGUGAGUACUGGCCCAUGAUUUGUCAUAUUAAAAACCUUCACAUUGAAGAAAGAGAGGAGGAGGAGGAGGAAUGAAGCCAUCAACCUUGUAAGGUAAACAUU